AUGAGAUCCUCCUCUUUGCACGCGUCUUGCUUAUUCAAGAACUCUAACAAAAGAAGAGUUUCUCUCGAUUCUUUGCCUGAUGAUCUUCUUGUGGAGAUUUCUUCACGUACCGCUGCUUCUUCCUUGUCAGCGGUUCGUAAUCUCAGAUUAGUUUCCAAAACGUUUAAAAGAACAUGCGAUGAAAAAUACGUAAUCUCUCGACUUUCCCUCCACGAACUCACUCUUCUGACUUGGUAUCAUUAUCAAGACCCUGAACUUGAAAGGAAGGUAAGGACUGAACAUGAAAGGAAGGUACUUAACAAAAAAAAAGAACUUGAAAGGAAGGUAAGGACCGAAAGGUUAUCUAACUUCUACAAGAGAUGUCGAAGGAACGGGAAUCCUGAAGCCUUGUAUCGCAAAGGAAUCAUCAACUACUUUCGAAGAAACCAGAAACACAAAGGACUCAAACUUUUGUCUCAAGCUGCGAAAAAAGGAAACAAAGAAGCAACCUAUGUUUAUGGACUGAUCCUAAUCUGUGGUGGAGGCAGAGACAUCUACGAGGAGGGACCGGUUUUGCAUGGAGGCGAAACAAAACAAGAGGGUUUCAAGAUCUUGUCUUCUUUAAUAAAAUCGUUAAUGUCAAAAACGUUGGAGGAGCUGGUGGAUAUGAGGGAGAAGAUUGGAGGCAGCAUUCGGUGGCUUGGCACACCGGUGAUGAAAGAGCUCAAAAGAGCGUACGCUCCAGAUAAGUGCGGGUGUGAUGGUCGAACUAGUGAUUUCUUAGCAUAUAAUUGUGCUUGGCAUCGAUACGGCGAGGAUAACGACAUGAAUACUUCUUCUGCAUGUGAGAUCUGUCUGUGGGAUCAUGAAGUUAAAUGUUUUUUUGAUACUAGUAAUGAGUGA